GAGAGAGUUAACCACUGUCAAAGCCGAUUACAGUAUUACAGGUCUGUGGUUCUGUCACUGUCCACUUGAGGGUUCUCCCCUUUGUGGACGACACGCCUCCUGCGUCCUCCGGCUUGUUUGUUUGUUUGCCGAGCAGCAUGGAUUUAUUUUAGAGCUUGUGGGACUCGGACAUCUUCACUAUGAGUUCCUCUGCAGAAGCGCUUCCGGCAGCGGGGCAACUUUUUGGUGCGCCACGGUGCCGCUGAGCCGCGCGUCUCUCUGUGGGAAAGUUCACACGCAUACCCCCGGCCAACAUGGGCUCGCGGUGAAAGCUCCGCUUGUCCCACUUUCUUCUCUCUUCCCUCUUCCAAACCGUACGACAAAAUGCAGAAGAGCGUCCGCUACAACGAAGGGCACGCGCUGUUUCUGUCGGUGGUCGCGCGUAAAGAGGGGACGAAGCGCGGCUACCUGAGCAAGAAGACGGCGGAGAACAGCCGAUGGCACGAGAAGUUCUUCGCCCUCUACCAGAAUAUACUGUUCUACUCCGAGAACGAGCAGAGCACGAGACCCGCCGGGAUUUACCUGUUGGAAGGAUGCACCUGCGAGCGCUCGCCGGCGCCCAAGAUGUCCACUACUGGGAAGGAAGCGCUGGAGAAACAGCACUACUUUCUCAUCGUGUUUGGUCACGACGGACAGAAGCCUCUGGAGCUGCGGACAGAGGAGGAGAUUGAGUGUGAUGAAUGGGUGGAGGCCAUCCAGCAGGCAAGUUACUCUGACAUCAUCAUUGAAAGAGAAGUGCUGAUGCAGAAAUACAUCCACCUUGUACAGAUAGUGGAGACUGAGAAGGUGGCUGCCAAUCAGCUGCGCACACAGCUGGAAGAUCAGGACACAGAAAUCGAGAGGCUCAAAGCAGAGAUUAUAGCUCUGAACAAAACUAAGGAGCGAAUGCGGCCUUACCAUGUCAACCAUGAAAAUGAAGAUCCAGAUAUCAAAAAGAUAAAAAAGGUGCAGAGUUUCAUGCGGGGCUGGCUCUGUCGGAGGAAGUGGAAGAUCAUCGUUCAGGACUACAUCUGCUCUCCUCACGCUGAGAGCAUGAGGAAGAGGAACCAGAUCGUCUUCAACAUGGUGGAGGCAGAGACAGAGUACGUCCACCAGCUCUACAUCCUCGUCAACUGCUUCCUCAGACCUCUGAGGAUGGCUGCCAGCUCCAAGAAACCCCCCAUCAACCACGACGAUGUCAGCAGCAUCUUCCUCAACAGUGAGACCAUCAUGUUCCUACAUGAGAUUUUCCAUCAAGGCUUGAAGGCGAGGAUAGCCAACUGGCCAACUCUGGUGCUGGCUGACCUAUUUGACAUCCUGCUGCCCAUGCUGAACAUCUAUCAGGAGUUUGUGCGUAACCAUCAGUACAGCCUGCAAGUUUUGGCCAACUGUAAGCAGAACAGAGACUUUGACAAGCUGCUGAAACAGUACGAGUCCAACGCCGCCUGUGAGGGAAGGAUGCUCGAGACCUUUCUCACAUACCCCAUGUUCCAGAUUCCUCGCUACAUCAUCACCUUGCAUGAGUUAUUGGCACACACGCCUCAUGAGCAUGUAGAGCGCAAGAGUCUCGAAUUUGCCAAGUCCAAAUUAGAGGAACUGUCCAGAGUAAUGCAUGAUGAGGUGAGCGACACGGAGAAUAUUCGGAAGAACUUGGCCAUUGAGAGGAUGAUAGUGGAGGGAUGUGACAUCCUGCUGGAUACCAGCCAGACAUUCGUCAGGCAGGGCUCUCUGAUCCAGCUGCCGUCGGUGGAGCGAGGGAAGCUCAGUAAGGUCCGUCUGGGCUCUCUCUCCCUAAAGAAGGAAGGGGAACGGCAGUGCUUCCUCUUCACCAAACACUUCCUUGUCUGCACACGCACUUCUGGGGGAAAACUGCACCUUCUCAAGCAAGGUGGCGUUUUGUCCCUAAUUGACUGCACACUCAUAGAGGAACCAGAUGCCAGCGACGAGGAGUCUAAAGCUGGCGGUCAGGUAUUUGGUCAGCUGGACUUUAAGCUCGUAGUCGAGCCGCCAGACACACCUUCAUUCACCGUGGUGUUGCUGGCACCAUCGCGGCAGGAAAAGGCGGCAUGGACCAGUGAUAUUAGCCAGUGUAUAGAUAAUAUCCGCUGUAAUGGCUUGAUGACCAGUGUAUUUGAGGAGAACUCUAAAGUCACUGUGCCUCAUAUGAUCAAAUCCGAUGUGCGUCUCCAUAAAGAUGAUGUUGACAUUUGCUUCAGCAAGACGCUCAACUCCUGCAAGGUUCCCCAGAUCCGCUAUGCCAGCGUGGAGCGGCUUCUUGAAAGGCUGACCGACCUGCGCUUCCUCUCCAUAGACUUCCUAAACACCUUCCUGCACACAUACAGGAUUUUCACCACGGCAACGGUGGUCAUGGACAAACUGGCCGACAUCUACAAGAAGCCCUUCUCCUCAAUACCUAUCAGGUCCUUGGAGCUGUUCUUUGCCACCAACCAGAACAACAGAAGUGGCGAGCACAUAAACGACAAAUCUCCUCGUCUCUGCCGCAAGUUCUCUUCCCCACCUCCUCUGUCCAUCCCAUCCCGCACCUCCUCCCCUGUCCGAACACGAAAGCUUUCCCUCAACUCCCCCAUCACUACCAGGGUCGGGGGCCUUGACCUAACCAGUCCUCUGUCAAACUCCAGCAUAAACCAUAGCACUUCCCAGUCUGCUGCCAGUAGCCCUACAUCUUCCCAUACCCCCCAAACCCCGACGUCUCAGACCCCGACUCCAACCACCUCCUCUCCCCCUCCUCCUCCCUCUUCCACCUCUCCCCCACCCAGCAACUCAAAGUCACCACAGGACCAAGUUCCUCCCAUUCCCUCGUCCCUGGACCAGAGUCCCUGCUCGACUGCAGAGGGUGAGGAGGUGCCCAAGAUCGAACUCUGCUGUGGCAAACUGAGACGGAGCAUCCGCAGAUCUGUGCUGGAGUCGGUGUCACUGGAGAAAAUCAUCCCAGAGUCUCCUCAGAGCAGUGAAGCAGGAGACAUGUCUCCAAGUCGCUCCCCUUCCACACCUCGACACCUCCGCUACAGACAACCUGGAGUCCAGUCAGGGGAGAACUCACGCUGCUCAGUCUCUCCUGCUUCAGCCUUUGCUAUCGCCACAGCAGCAGCAGGACAUGGUUCACCACCAGUGUUUGCGAACUCUGAAAGAACUUGUGAUAAAGAGUUCAUUAUCCGCCGUGCUGCAACUAACAGAGUUCUCAACGUACUGCGGCACUGGGUUUCCAAACACUCACAGGACUUUGAGAUGAACGGGGAGCUGAAGAUGUCUGUGAUCUGUCUCCUGGAGGAGGUGCUCAGAGAUCCAGACCUUCUACCUCAGGAGAGAAAAGCUACUGCCAACAUACUAAGUGCCCUUUCUCAAGACGAGCAGGACGAUGCUCAGCUAAGGAUAGAGGACAUCUUACAGAUGGCGGACUGUCCGAAGGCAGAGUGUUUCGAGUCUCUCUCAGCGAUGGAGCUGGCCGAGCAGAUCACUCUUCUGGAUCACAUUGUCUUCAGGAGCAUUCCUUAUGAAGAGUUCCUGGGGCAGGGCUGGAUGAAGGUUGAUAAAACAGAGAGGACGCCAUACAUCAUGAAAACUACUCAACACUUCAAUGAUAUGAGUAACCUGGUGGCCUCACAGAUUAUGACCCACACCGAUGUGGGCUCGAGGGCCAAUUCUAUAGAGAAGUGGGUUGCUGUGGCGGACAUCUGCCGCUGUCUCAACAACUACAACGGAGUACUGGAGAUCACGUCUGCGCUCAAUCGCAGUGCCAUCUACCGUUUGAAGAAGACCUGGGCUAAAAUCAGCAAACAGACUAAAGCCCUGAUGGACAAACUGCAGAAGACGGUGUCCUCUGAGGGAAGGUUUAAAAAUCUCAGGGAGACCCUGAAAAACUGCAACCCUCCAAGUGUGCCAUACCUGGGAAUGUAUCUUACAGAUCUGGCCUUUAUAGAGGAGGGGACGCCCAACUUUACGGAGGAAGGUCUUGUUAACUUCUCCAAAAUGAGGAUGAUAUCCCACAUCAUCAGAGAGAUCCGACAGUUUCAGCAGACUCCGUACAGAAUAGAGCAUCAAGCUAAGGUGACCCAGUACCUUCUAGAUAAGACUCUCAUCAUGGAUGAAGAUACACUCUAUGAUCUCUCGCUGAAGAUCGAGCCCAGGCUUCCCGCCUGAGUUACAGCUGUUUGUGGCCGUGGGAGCCUGCCAAACCUGGACCCCCCCAAGGGCAACACGCCCACGUAAUCUCAUCAAUCGAGAGGAAAGAGGAAUGUUUUGAGAGCGACAUGGAAAUGAAGAUAAGAAAGGUACUGGCUGAAGUGAGAGAAAUCUUUAGAGUCAAGUAUGAAGACGGAUGAACAAGCUUUUACAAGAGACUGAGGGAGAAUGAGAAGAGGACAGGCUGAGAAGGUGUUGACUGAAUGUCUUCACGGAGAACAAGAAGAAAAGGUUUUGGUUGCACUGCGUGAGGGUUUUGAGGAAAUGACAUGUCGCUGUGUGCGCUCAUCAUUUCUAAAUCGAGCUUGUGGUGCACAUGACAUCACACUUCCUCAGACAGCCUGAGAGUGCAGGAAAGGCUGAGAGCAUGGAUUGAAUGGAUGAAAUACAGUGGAUGUAACAGAGAUGUAGCAUAUACAGAUAGUGUGACAGAGAGAUGUCUGAACGUAUGUCUCUGUGCUGUUGUCUGUGUUCUGUUGCCUGUGCAUUUCCGUGCCAUGUCCUGGAGCAAGAGCCCCAAAAAAUGCUUUAUGUCAUGAUGGUCACUGCAUAAAACUUGCAUGAUUUCAGCUUCGGAUGUAACUGUCUAAAUGGCCUUCAACCUGACCCCUGACCCUCAGCUUAGCAUGCUUCACUCUUACCUGGGUGACUCUCUAAGCCACUAUGCAUCCUCAGUGGUCUAGGUAUGGCAAAAACGUCUUUACGCCUUCAAAUAUAAUUUAAUUUACAAAGAUAGUAAAAUGAAGUUAAUUUUAAAUGGAAAAUUAGAUGUAUUUUGAUUAUGGCAGAUUUUUCCAGUGAUGAAACAUUCAAUUCUGUAUUUGUCUUUAGUCUGUAUUUGCCUAAAGACGUCCCAUGAGAAUGCAAAGCUCUUUUAAAAACAUGUCCUCAUGAAUGAACAAAAUUAAACUUGUAUCAGUGCCUUCCACUAGUGUAGGUCGAUUUCCCAACAAUUUGCAAUUUACAAGCAUAACGUUUUAUAUAAAUCCUGCUUAUCCUGCAAUCUUAAUAUUUCCUUAUAAAAAUUGGACUAUAGUUUCACUCAUUCAACUUUUUUCUUCAGAAAAUAGGUCAUGUAGACUAAACAGUAGCAUGUUAGUGUAAACACAGUAAAGUCAUUGCAGCAAAUAUCUCCCUCUAGUGUUUAAACAUUGUUAUAACCUAUACUGACCCAAAGCUUUUGCAACGUUUGGAUUGUGUGCAGUUUGAUUUACUUGGCUUUUACAAAUUGUCAGAUACUGACGUGUGUAGUCAGGUCCCAGUGUGUAACUCUUGGAUGUAAGCUGGGACAGUUUUUGCACUCUCUGAGAUGUAGCUUCGCUUGAGUGACAGUAUGAUCGUUAUUUACCAUGCUAUUUAUUUAAUCAGAUACUGUAUUUAUGUUAUUUUUGUAUAUCGUGACUCCACACAUAUCAUAUGAUUGAUGAAGAAAUACUUUGAAUUGUUAUGCUGUGAAUAUUGAUUUUAUUGUUGUUGUUUUUUGUCUCUCUUGCUUUUAUGUUGAAUUCUAGUUUUUGCAUCCCAGGCUCUUGUAUUGCAAGAAAUCUGUUUAACUUUAUUGAAAAGAAAAAAACGAUGUAGGAGGUUAAAAAAAAUGUAGCAUUUGAAAAAUGGGAAUUUGUUUUCUGUAUUGCUGAUAUGAUGAACAUAGUUUUCCUGCCUGUACACAACAGCUGCAUGUUGUGCAUGUUUGACUGAACGCUCCCUGUGCGUUCUCCCUCUGCUUCUCUAUAUUAAUAUUGUCUCUGUAGCUGUCAGGAGGCUCUGUUAAAAGGCAUAGAAACAAUAUUUUGUCCAUCCAAUUUGGCACAUUUGUCUCUUAGUGUCUCAUUAAAUCAAGCAUAGUCUUUCGACUUGUGUCGUCUGCAAAACAGCCUGUUGUUAUGGAGUAGCAGUGUUGGAAAUGAUGUAGUCCUCAGUGAAAACAGAGAACUUUCCUUAUCAAACAAUAACCUUGUUCCAGAUUGAUUAGAGGAAAUGUUUUCAGGCUUUGCUUUUGGAAAAACUCAUCCUUUGUACUGCAUAUGUAAUUCUGAGUAUCUGUUUUACAUACAGGAUGCUACAUUUGUAUUGUAACAUCAUUUUUGUGUAUUUGUUUGCAUUUUUCACUUGUAGGUGCAGGAGAAAUAAAUUCAACAUGCCUUAUGUGUU